AUGUCACAAUAUCUGACUCCCCACCUCAGACAUACUACCCAGCUCCCAGUUGAAUUAUGGGAGAAGAUCAUCGACGUUUUGGCAGACGAGGGCUACAGCGCAGUCAGGCUACAAGAGCUAGGACUAGUAUGCAGGGCGUGGCAUGCGCGGUGUCGUUUUCGCGCUAACCAAGUCAUCCGUCUUCACAAAAUGAACAAAACACUUGUGUAUCGCCUCAUAGGAACAUUGAAUGAAGACCAUGGGCGGCGCAGGCUCAGUGUUGUCAGAACGGUGGACUUUUCAUCCGGGAAGAUUGACACUUUUGGGUCCUUCGUUGUGCGCAUGGCACGGGCGCUUCCCCGGGUCGAGACACUCAGACUUCAGCAGUGUAAAUGGGUUCCUGGGCAGCUACAUUCGCAGGUCUUCAUGCACAUCAAUGCCGCAUUCGAGUCGGUCACCACGCUCGACCUCUACGUCGUGACAUUCCCGUCUCCCGUUGCGCUGGGGAGGCUUGUGCGCGCUCUCCCUCGCCUCUCCGCCCUGAGCUUUUACGCUGUAAAGGUCGAGAAACGCGACGUUGUCCCAGGCACAGUCCAAGUGCCGAGCACCCUCAGACUCGAGACUGUCCAUCUUUUCGAUAGCUGUGACGUUGUCGACUUCCUCGUCACGGCCACAAUUUCGGCUUGUAUCAAGCAUCUCACCUUCCGUGACUAUGAUCGAAUAGCUUGUCCGAGAGUGCUGACUACAGUCGGCGCGUCUCUUUCUUCCCUGACGAUUCAGCCAGGAUCUUCUCUCAAUGGUUCUAAUGAUUUUUUAGAUCUCACUUCCGCUACGAACCUGCGUGCUCUGUCGGUCACAGCAAAUCUUCGGGACCUCCGCUGGCUGGCGAGUGCCCUGUCACAUGUCACUCUAUCGAAGCUAGCGUACAUCGAGGUCGUCUCGACGUCCUUUCGUUGUGAGGAGAAGUAUGUACAAGGCAUGUUCGAUGGAAUCGACAACGACGCAUAUAUGCGGAUCGAUCGCGCUCUCUCGGGGCGUCAGCAUCGUGCGUUCCAGCGAAUGGAAUUUCACCUCCGAUGUCGCGUUGAAUCCCGUAGUAAUGUGGUGAACGUGGUCUCUGAGUGCGCUUGGCACGCAUGUAUCUCGUCAAAACUUCCGACACUGCAUGCUAGUGGACGACUUCAGUGA